AUGGGGAAUGUGUGUCUGAAACUAGGAGAUGAUGAGCCUCUGACCUUACAGAUGGAAGGUGAUGUUGUUAUUGGAGGGUUUUUCCCUCUACACUAUGUGGCCUCUGAGCCACAACACAUCUACCACAGCAAACCCCAAAUGACAUCAUGCAGUGGAUUUGACCUUAGAGCAUUUCGAUGGAUGAUGACAAUGGUGUUUGCAGUAAACGAAAUUAACAAUAAAUCUGAUCUGUUACCAGGUGUUAAAUUAGGCUAUCGAAUCAUGGAUAGUUGUGACAACAUCCACACUAGCAUGCACUCACUUUUCUCUUUACUGAACUCUUCCACUUGUCUAUCUGGUUCACCUGUUCCUGCUAUCAUUGGUCUGGCAUCAUCUUCUCCAACAAGAGCUGUAGCUCAAACUCUUGGCUCUUUCAACAUCCCACUGGUGAGUUAUUUUGCCACUUGUACCUGUCUCAGUGACAAACUAACAUACCCAUCAUUCUUGAGAACUGUGCCCAGUGAUCUCUUUCAAGUCAAAGGUCUGGUCCAGCUGGUCACAUUCUUUGGCUGGCUCUGGGUGGGCACAAUAGGAACCACAGAUGACUACAGUCGCUAUGGGAUCCAAUCAUUUUCUAAUCAAUUUAGAUCACGAGGUGGAUGUGUUGCAUUUCAUCUCACAAUUCCAGCAUCACCCACAUCAAAUGAGAUACAUGAAAUGGCAAACAUAUUGCAGAAAUCAACUGCAAGGGUUGUUGUGGUUUUCGCUACGGAGGGACAACUAUUGGAUCUGUUUUUGGAACUUGCUCAACAAAAUAUUACAGGGAUACAGUGGAUAGCAAGUGAAGCAUGGGUAACUGCUAACCUUCUGACUUUACUGCGCUUCCACCACCUUUUAGAGGGAACUUUGGGUUUCUCCAUUCCUGCGGUCAGGAUACCUGGUUUAAAAGAGUUUUUACUGACUGUCCAUCCAUCUCCCAAACCAGGAAUGGAAUUUAUCAACAUGUUCUGGGAGGAGCAGUUCGGCUGUAAACUGAAGUUUGAUGAAGACAUUUUCAAAAAAAAUGGGACAACUACUCUGGGUGACACAACGUUUUAUUGUACAGGUUCAGAAGAUCUAAGUCUCAUUACCAGCAGUUAUACAGAUGUAUCUCAGGUCAGGAUCUCUUAUAAUGUGUAUAAAGCAGUGUUUGCCAUUGCCCAUGCUCUGCACACGUUACUGAACUGUGAUUCAGUGGGACCCAAUGGGGAAACAUGUGACAAACAAAGACUAUUUACGCAUGAACAGUUGCUGUAUCAUCUGAAGACAGUAAAUUUCACCAACCAGUUUGAAGACAAAGUCUAUUUUGACCCUAAUGGAGAGCCAGCUCCUCUUUAUGACAUCAUUAACUGGCAGAGAAACAGCAAGGGGGAAAUUAGAUUGGUCAAAGUGGGAAAUUAUGAUGGUUCAACUCUUCUGGAACAGCAGCUGAAGAUAAAGAAGAACAGCAUUAUAUGGACAAGAGGAGACUCACAGGUGCCUACUUCUCAGUGUAGUGCUCCAUGUCCCCCUGGCAGCAGACAGGCCAGACGUCCAGGAGAGCCUCGCUGCUGCUUUGAUUGUUUGCCUUGUGCAGAGGGAGAGAUCAGCAAUCAGACUGGUUCUACUGAGUGCAUGAAAUGCUCAGAGUUCUACUGGUCAGACACAUACAAGUUGAAAUGUGUUGCUGGUGUUGAGGAAUUCCUGUCUUUCUGUGAGACCAUGGGCAUCAUCUUAACUGCCCUCACUCUGCUGGGUGUCAUUCUGACAAUUAUCAUCACUGUCAUCUUUCACCAUUUCCGGACCACACCCAUGGUCAAGGCAAACAAUUCAGAAAUCAGUUUCUUGCUUCUCCUGUCCCUGAAAUUAUGUUUCCUGUGUUCCUUGGUGUUCAUUGGCCAGCCAUCUGUGUGGACAUGUAUGCUCCGCCAGACUGCAUUUGGGAUAAGUUUUGUCAUCUGUCUGUCCUGCCUCCUUGUCAAGACUAUAGUGGUUCUUUUGGCUUUUAAGGCUAAUGUACCUGGCCCCAAGGCUCUGAGGCUGUUCGUGUCCUAA